AGGUCAAGGUUCAGGUCAGCUGUGGUCUGUGGACUGAGCAUGCGCGGUCUAAAUGAGGCAGCCAACCACGUGUCUUUCUUUUUUUACUAAAGAUGGCGGAGCAGACGGAGAAGGCCUUUCAAAAACAGAAGCCCAUCUUCCAGAACAGUAAAACUGUUAUCUUGGGUGGAAGCAAGAAGAAGAAGGACCAAAGGUUUGUGAGGAAUGUUGGCCUUGGAUUCAAGACCCCAAGAGAAGCAACAGAAGGGACGUUCAUUGACAAGAAGUGUCCCUUCACUGGUAAUGUGAGCAUCCGUGGCAGAAUCUUGUCUGGAGUGAUCAAGAGCAUUAAGAUGAAGCGCACUGUUGUCGUCAGAAGAGACUACCUCCAUUACAUCAAGAAGUACAACCGAUUUGAGAAACGCCAUAAGAACCUCUCCGCUCACAUUUCACCAUGCUUCCGGGACGUUGUAGUGGGAGACCUAGCGGUGGUUGGUCAAUGUCGACCUCUCAGUAAGACCGUUCGAUUCAACGUGCUCAAAGUACAGAAGGCCAAGGGAGGAAAGAAGCAGUUCCAAAAGUUUUGAACACUCUGAACUAGCCUUGUCUGUGUUUAAUUAUCAAUAAUGGUUGUUGUCUCUCUUUUGGUACUGAUGGAAUUUAUUAUUGACUGUUGA